AUCGUAAGUAGGGAGAGCGAGGAGGAAAGUAGUGGCGUCAACUUGAUGGAGUUCUCAGAUGAGAUCCUCUUGCACAUCCUCAGCUACGUCCCUUGCACAGACCUUGUCCUGAAUGUCAGGAGAACUUGCAGGAAACUUGCAACGCUUUGCCUUGACAAGAGUCUGACACACACAGUUUUACUUCAGAAAGACUAUAAGGUAAACAAAGACAAAGUGAAGCAACUGAUGAGGGAUAUCGGAAAAGAGAUUUACCAGCUGAACAUGGCUGGGUGCUAUUGGCUGCCCAGCUCCACUAUUGAUCACGUAACACGAUGCAAGAACCUGGUAAAACUGAACUUGUCUGGGUGCCACGUCACCUCUCUCCGUCUCUCAAAGAUGCUGUCCACGCUCCAGCACCUGCGCUCCCUGGCAAUAGAUGUAAAUCCGGGUUUCGAUGCCAGUCAGCUAAGCAGUGAGUGUAAAGCCACUCUUAGCCGUGUCUCGGAACUGAAGCAAACCCUUUACACGCCGUCAUAUGGUGUUGUUCCGUGCUGCACUAGCCUUGAGAAACUGCUGCUUUAUUUUGAGAUCCUUGAUCGCUCACGAGAAGGUUUUAUGCUCUCUGGGCAGCUAAUGGUAGGUGAGAGCAAUGUGCCCCAUUACCAGAACCUCCGCAUCUUCUAUGCCAGGCUGGCUCCUGGCUACGUUAAUCAGGAGGUGGUGAGGCUGUACUUGGCGGUGCUAAGUGAUCGGACACCUGAGAACCUUCACGCCUUCCUUAUUUCUGCCCCCGGUAGCUUUGCAGAGACGGGAGCCACUAAAAACCUCCUGGACUCUAUGGCUCGAAAUGUACGUCUGGAUGCUUUACAACUGCCCAAAGCCUGGAUUAAUGGCUCUGGGCUCCUGCAACACUUGAAGUUCAAAAACCCUUUCUACUUCAGCUUUAGCCGAUGCACCUUAUCUGGUGGUCACCUGAUCCAGAGGGUUAUUAAUGGUGGGAAGGAUCUUAAAAGCUUGACCAGUUUGAAUCUCAGUGGCUGCGUUCACUGUCUGGCUCCGGAGUCCUUGUUUCGAAAAGCGGAAGAUGACAUUGACAGUAGCAUUCUGGAAAGCCUGGUAGUGUCUUGCUGCAACCUGAGACACCUCAACCUCUCUGCAGCUCACCAUCACAGCUCAGAAAGCAUAGGGAAUCACUUGUGCCAGCUUCUGUCCAGGCUAAAGCACCUGCUCUCAUUAGCACUACCGGUUUGCUCUAUCACAGAUGUUGCUGCAAACGUGGAAAAGCCUCCUGUGGCCUCUAAUUUGGUGCCCCAAACACUUGGAAGGAAAGUGCGGAUUGGGAUACAGACAUAUCCGAGGAACUUAGCAGACCAGGCAAAUCAGAAGAUAGAAUCUUCGGUAUUCUGGGCUCUGAUGGGAAGCCUCCGAUUUUUGGAAACCUUGGAAAUAAUUGGGUCCAGUUUUUCCUCUGCCAUGCCCCGCAAUGAGCCAGCAAUUCGGAACUCGUUGCCUCCUUGUGUCCGGGCACAAAGCGUGGGGGAUUCAGAGGUGGCUGCCAUUAGCCAAUUGACUUACUUACAGAGCCUGACCUUAGCACAACUGCCAAAUAUUCUUACUGGCUCUGGGCUUAUUAACAUUGGAUUACAGUGCCAGCAUUUGCGGACUCUUUCGUUGGCCAACCUGGGCAUGAUGGGGAAAAUGGUCUAUAUGUCUGCUCUCAUGGACAUGCUGAAACACUGCAGGUGUUUGAGAGAUCUCAGGCUGGAACAGCCGUACUUCUGUGCGGGUGCCCAGUUCUUCCAGGCACUGAGUCAUUGCUCCUCUCUCCAGCGGCUUUGCAUCGUCUCCCGGAGUGGGACUCUGCAGUCUGACGCAGUGAUGUCAUUCAUGGCCAACUGCCUUGAGGUCAUCAUGUGCCACAUGUUUAUGGGAGAAUCUCUUACUGUUUGCAAAAAUCUCCAGCAAUCUAUUGUCCGGAGUUUCCAGGCGGACCGCCCUGCAUUAAAUGUUGUCAUUUUCCCUCUGCUUCAUGAAGACUUGACAGAGGUCAUCAGAGAUGUCCCCAUGCGGCACUUGGAUGAAAUUACCCUGUUUAAAAGCAGAGUGGCUGAGGAACCUCCCAAUUUGUGGUGGUGACUGUCACACAUGGAAAGGACGGUCAGUGUGAACACAUGAAAUAGCUUCUUUUUGGCCUGGAUUUCCCAUCUUCAGCUCCUGGCCACCUCACUGGAUUCUGUACAAUCACUUUAAAUAGGUGCAAUUGCAAAAUAAAAAAAGCUGGUUCUUUGCAGUGAGGAAACAUCUAUUGGAUAUUGCUUGCAUCUGAAAAUCCUGUCUCAAAGGCUUCUGGAAUCUGAUGAGUAUUUCCUUGCGGUUAAUAUGAAUUGCUUUGUUAUUUUACUGAAGUUAAAGGUAAGA